AAGCGUCGCUCUACCCCCACCCCCCCUCACUUUCUCUAUCUCCCCCCUCCUUCUCUCCUCUGAGAGGCUUCCGUUCAGAGGGAGAGGCUCAAUCAGCCUUGGCAGCCCACAGAGCUGUAGGUAUUGAGAGGAGGAGAGAGAGAGAGAGAGAGGGAGAGAGAGACAGAGAGAGACAGAGGCGCUCUGUGGAAGGGAAGGAUAAAGAGGAGGAGAGGAGCUUCUCAGUUGUGAGUGUGUGGGUGGUCGGUGGGUGGUCUACAUGGCUGGCAGUCUGUUUGGAAGACUCUCCCUGGAGGAGGACUUUGUCAUGUCCCUGGAGGGCCUGGAACUCAGUGGGGAAGCCAUGCAGCAGGUUAUGGACACUCUGAGUAACAGCACCAGCUCCACCAUGGCCAAUGACCUGGACCUCAUCUUCCUCAAAGGCAUCAUGGAGAGCCCCGUGUUCCCGUCUCCCUGCUACCCUCAGGCCCAUGAGAACCUGGAGGAGUCCAAGCUGGAGGCGGUGAGUGACAACAACAUGGAGCUGGUGCAGAACAUCCUGAAGGAGCUCACUCCCCUCACACACAGGAACAAGGCUGCAGACGAACUGGCACGCAUACUGAAGGAGCCACACUUCCAGUCUCUCCUGGAAACCCAUGAUUCGGUGGCAUCCAAGACCUUUGAGACCCCUCCUCCCAGCCCCUGUUCCUUCAUGGACGCUGCCUUCAACACCCAGCCUGUUGCCCCAGACGCAGUCAGGAUGGUGGGCAUCCGCAAGGUGUCUGGAGAGCACCUGGGUGUGACGUUUCGGGUAGAGAGCGGAGAGCUGGUGAUCGCCCGCAUCCUCCACGGCGGGAUGAUCGACCAGCAGGGCCUCCUCCACGUGGGUGACAUUAUCAAGGAGGUGAACGCGAAAGAGGUGGGCAACGACCCCAAGGUGCUCCAGCAGAUGCUGAAAGAGGCCAGCGGCAGUGUGGUGCUCAAGAUCCUCCCCAGCUACCAGGAGCCUCACACCCCACGCCAGGCGUAUGUGAAGUGUCACUUUGACUACGCCCCGUCCCAUGACAACUUAAUCCCCUGUAAGGAGGCAGGCCUGGGCUUCAGCAGUGGAGACAUCCUGCAGCUCUUCAACCAGGAGGACCUCAACUGGUGGCAGGCAUGUCACCUAGUGGGGGGCAGUGCAGGCCUCAUUCCUAGCCAGCUACUGGAGGAGAAGAGGAAGGCUUUUGUCAAGAGAGAUCUGGAGCUGGUUACUACAGGUCCUCUUUGUUCUGGAAUGGGUGCGAAGAAGAAAAAAAAGAUGAUGUAUCUGACAACCAAAAAUGCAGAGUUUGAUCGGCACGAGCUGAGGAUCUACGAGGAGGUGGCCAAGGUUUCCCCGUUUCGCCGGAAGACGUUGGUUCUGAUUGGAGCACAGGGAGUGGGCCGCCGUAGUCUAAAAAACAAACUGUUGGUGUCAGACCCCCUGCGCUACGGGACCACCAUCCCCUUUACUUCGAGGAAGCCCAAGGUGGAUGAGAAGGAUGGACAGAUGUAUUCGUUCAUGACUCGCACUGAGAUGGAUAUGGACAUUAAGAACGGACGCUUCCUGGAGCACGGCGAGUACGACGGGAACCUCUACGGCACGAAGAUCACCUCCAUCCAUGGGGUGGUGGAUGCUGGAAAGAUCUGCAUCCUGGAUGUCAACCCACAGGCACUUAAGGUUCUGCGGACAUCAGAGUUCCUUCCCUACGUGGUGUUUAUUGAGGCUCCAGAUUACGAGGUCCUCAAAGCCAUGAAUAAGUCUGCCAAAGAAGCCGGAGUGAUGACUAAGCAGUUAACGGACUCUGAGCUGAAGAGGACAUUGGAUGAGAGCGAGAAGAUCCAGCGUGCCUAUGGACAUUACUUUGACCUGAACAUCAUCAACGACAGCCUGGAGGGGGCCUUCUGCGGCCUGAAGACGGCACUGGAGAGACUGAGCUCAGAGCAGCAGUGGGUUCCUGUCAGCUGGGUCUUCUAAAGGCCAAUCAAUCAGAGGUCAGAGCUAGAGGUCAAGAGGUCAGAAUAGGGGUCAUAGGUCUGAGGAGUUGGCAGGUUGAGUGUGACCAAUUAGGAGAGAGUAAAUUGUAAAGGAGUGGAGUUUUCCUCAGCAGCGUGUGACACUAUACGAUGUGCAAGUUAUGUCAAUUUUAGUUCCGUUUCCAUUGUUUUGUAGGCUAAAAAUGAGCCUACAAUUUGCAUCAUCAAAGUCACGAAAACGUGGUCAUUUAAGAUAUAUAUUAAAUUGUAUACUCUACCAUAUGCUGGUUUUCAAUGUAUUUGAUGGCCAAGAAGAAGCAUGAAGCCGAAAGUGAAAUCCGUUUCAUUAGAACUUCAAAUAUUUCGGCAGCUCGCCAGGUCUACAGUAAUUUUUUUUUGCAUUUAAAAAAAGUAACGGCUGGCAGUGUUCAUAAAAAAGAAAAGUGUAAUCUAAUAUACAACACAUCAAACAGCCUUAAGUAACGGUUUCUUACUGUGAGUUAGCUACUGCGUGAUCUACAAUGGCAGCCCACAGCCGGAACAUGGAAGACCCUGGAUAAAAAUGUCUUUUAAACGCUUAUUUGAUAGCGAGGGACACAUUCAACCCGACAUAUCAUAAGUUUUGUUCCUUGACAUUAUUGAUCUGCAUUUGUUGAUGGGGGGAAAAAAAAUUGUUGGUGAAACCGAAUAGUUUAGGUUUGUUUGAUGAAGGGAUCCAGGCUACAGUUCUUUCCACAACUUGGCAUCAAUAAACAGUAAAAGUAUUUUUUUUAAAAUAUAAAUCGAAAUAUAAAUGCCAAUUUGCAGGACGAAACGAGUAAGUUCUCAGCUAGAGCCUGCAUGUUCCGGCAUGCUGUCAAAGCAGCAGGAUAUGUAGUUCAAAUGAGACUUUUCUACCUUUCUGCCGUGUGUCUUACUUCUUGAGCGUCAAAUAUUUUUUGAUGAUGUUAUAUCAUAUAUAUCUUAAAUGACCUUGUUUUCCUGAAUUUGAUGAUAUAGUCUUCAUUACCAUUCAAAAGACCUGGGCCCGGUUUCCCAAUAGUGAUGUAACUUAGGCUUACGAGUGUUUUAAACAUUUUUAUCGUUCCUACAACCGCCGAAUAUGUAACAUGCGUUUCCCAAAACACCACGCCGAGAGAAUGCUAAAUGCAUCGUUGGAGCAUGUGUCGAUACUGAUAGGGUCGAAAGAAAGGCAGUGCUGCUCUCGGAUUAGUUUAGAUAUUUCCAAAUAUGGCAGCAAAUAUUGAGGCUGCUUAUUCUAACGCUUAUCCAAUAAUAAUGCACAAAAUAUGGCACAUCAUUGCACAUGUUGCUCCACAUAAUGACAAAUAGUGAGGCCAAAAUGAGCUUAGCCUAACAUGAGCAAAAUAUGACUGAUUGAACAUAAAAUGUAUUUCAAUAUGAUUGAAAUACUGCAUAUAGGCCUAUGUAGCCUAUAUUAUUUCUAUUUUAAUGCAGCCAUCUUAGUUUUCAUUUGAAGCGUUGUUUGUCAUUUGCUUGUUUGUAACAAUUGCAAAGACAUUGCCAACUUUGUAUUUGUAGUCAACUUCGUUCUGAAGUUAUCGGUGGUCACAGAGAGACAGAUAAACAUCUUAAUUCUAUGUUUAGCGGAGAUCUCUGUACGCGUGUGUGGUUAAGAUAGCACCGACCGAGGGCGCCUCGAGCUCUGAUAAAACAUUGCAAGUUUCUACUUUUUUUGUGUGUUUUCUACUGUUUUUCUCAAAUUUUCAUAAUCAUUUUACUUCAUGCAUUACUACAUACACCCGGGUAGAACUAUUAGAAUAUGAAUCACUCGGUACUCACCGUCCACCCGACCUCCCUACCUGAGAGUAGGAAGCGAAGAUGCCAACGGAGAGGCAGACGUGGCGGGAUCUUAGUGAGAUUAAGACGCUGUGCAUCCCGUCCUCCAUUACGGAGCAUAUUACUCGCCAAUGUUGGGCUCUCUCUGGCAAGAGCAAAGGUGCUGGGCUCUGCUGUAUGACCAACAGCACAUGGUGCGAUGGAGGAAACGUACAUGAACUUGCGAGCUUCUGUUCCCCCUACUUGGAAUAAUUGGCCAUCAAAUGUCGGCCUUUUUAGCUACCGAGAGAGUUCUCAGGGAUUAUCGCCAUGUCUGUGUACAUCCCAUCCCAAGCCAACACCAAAAAGGAUCUCAAAGAUCUUCAUUGGACCCUGAACAAACUGGAGACCGCAUUCCCGGAGGCAACGUUCAUUGUUGCGGUGGAGUUUAACCUCUCUAGGGUAGGUGGGACGUUAGCGUCUCACCUCAUCAACAGCCAGUGAUACUGCAGGGCGCCAUAUUCAAAACAACAGAAAUCCCAUAAUUUAAAUUCCUCAAACAUACAAGUAUUUUACACCAUUUUAAAGCUUCACUUGUUGUAAAUCCAGCCAAAGUCUCCGAUUUCAAAAAGGUUUUACGACGAAAGCACACCAAACGAUUAUGUAAGGUAUGAGCCAAGUCACAGAAAAAGACAGCCAUGUUUCCAGCUAAAGAGAGCAUUAACAAAAAGCAGAAAUAUAGAUAAAAUUAAUCACUAACCUUUGAUAAUCUUCAUCAGAUGACACUCAUAGGACUUCAUGUUACACAAUACAUGUAUUUUAUGUUCGGUAAAGUUCAUAUUUAUAUCCAAAAAUCUGAGUUUAGGCAAGACGCUACUGUAUCACUUGGCAAAAAGCCUGAGAAAAUGCAUAGCGCCACAUUAAUAUGAAUGACUAUGAAAAUGACUAUAAAAUCAAACUUUCAUUAAAUCACAUAUGAAAGAUAUCAAAUUAAAGCUACACUGGUUGUGAAUCCAGCCAACAUGUCAGAAUUCAAAUAGGCUUUUCAGCGAAAGCAUACGAUGCUAUUAUCUGAGCAUAGCACCAUAGUAAACAAAAGAGAGAAAACAUUUCAACCCUGCAGGAGCGACACAAAACGCAGAAUAAAAAUAUAAUUCAUGCCUUACCUUUGACGAGCUUCUGUUGUUGGCACUCCAAUAUGUCCCAUAAACAUCACAAAUGGUCCUUUUAUCCGAUUAAUUCCGUCGAUAUAUGUCCAAAAUAUCCAUUUAUUUGGCGCGUUUGAUCCAGAAAAACACCGGUUCCAACUUGCUCAAAAAUGACGACAAAAUAUAUCAAAGGUUACCUUUAAACUUUGCCAAAAAAUGUCAAACUACUUAUGUAAUACAACUUUAGGUAUUUUUUUAACGUUAAUAAUCGAUAAAAUUGAAGACGGGAUGAUAUGUGUUCAAUACAGGAUUAAAACGAUAUGUAGCAUGCCUUCUGUUUGAUUGAAACGCAUGUCUAGGACACCAGGAGUGCCUCGACUUCAAGAUGGCCGUAUUUCUUCAUUACACAAAGGAAUAACCUCAACCUAUUUCUCACGACUGUUGACAUCGAGUGGAAGCCGUAGGAACUGCAAGCAAGUUGCUUAGAAAUCUGGUGUCCCAAUGAAAACUCAUUGAAAAGACGGUGACCUCAAAAAAAAAAAAUUUUGAAUGGUUUGUCCUCGGGGUUUCGCCUGCUAAAUAAGUUCUGUUAUACUCACAGACAUGAUUCAAACAGUUUUAUAAACUUCAGAGUGUUUUCUAUCCAAAUCUACUAAUAAUAUGCAUAUCUUAUCUCCUGGCGAUGAGUAACUGGCAAUUGAAUUUGAGUAUGUUUUUCAUCCAAACGUGAAAAUGCUGCCCCCUACCCUAGAGAAGUUGACAAAAGUAAUUUGAGAGCUGUGCACCCAAAUUAUUACCAACACAUCGACUGUCUAUUUCAUGGAAAUUCUACUCUUGACCACUGCUACACACCUUUCGACACGGGUAUAAGGCCCUCUCCCGUCCUCCUUUCGACAAAUCCUACCAUGACUCCAUCUUGCUUCUCUCUGCCUACAAACAAAAACUUAAGAAGGAAGUUCCGGUGGACAGGUCUGUACAGAGUUGGACCAAUCAGAAUUCACGCUCCAAGACUGUUUUGAUCAUAUGGACUGGAAUAUGUUCAAAAUCAAUGAAUACGCCGACUCAGUCACCGGAUUCAUAAGAAAAUGCAUUGAUGACGUGAUACCAAUAGUGUCUUUCAAAACGUUCCUGAAUCAAAAACCGUGGAUUGAUAGCAGCCUUGUAGGAAAACUGAAAGAGAGCGAUGCUGCUUAUAAACAGGGCAAGGUUACCAGGGACAAUAGUUUGGUUGAACAGUACAAAUAAGACCUACUCAGAUCGAUCAAGAUGGCAAAACACAAGUAUAGGGACAAAGUGGAGGAGCAAUUCAGCGGGUCAGACACAAGGCAUGUGUGUCAGGUCACCAAUGCCACCCUACCGGAGGUGCUAAACACCUUUUUCUCACGUUUUGAGCACAAUGACCCUGAGCUGCCCAGGAGAGCCCACGAUGACAACGUGGGCUACACACUCACAGUCUCCACCGAGGAUGUAUGGCAGAUGGCAUCCCUAGCCGAGCCCUCAGAGCAUGUGCAGACCAGCUGGCUGUUGUGUUCUCUGACAUUGUCAAUCUCUCCAUGGCUCAGGCCGCUAUACCCACCUGCUUCAAGAUGUCCACUAUCAUCUAUCGCCCAAGAAAGGGAAAGUAACUGAACUGAAUGACUACCGACCAGCAGCACUCACUUCCGUCAUCAUGAAGUGCUUCGAGAGGCUAGUCAUAGACCAUAUCACCUCCCUCCCCAACACACUCGACGCUCUCCAGUUCACCUACCGCCCUGACAGAUUCACAGACAACGCAAUCGCCAUUGUACCGCACACUUCCCUUAUCCACCUGGACAAAAGCAAUGCACAUGUGAUGACGCUGUUCAUCGACUACAGCUCGUUCAAUACCAUAGUGCCCUAUAAGCUCAUUACAAAGCUCACGGCCAUGGGUCUGAACUCCUCCGUAUGUAACUGGGUCCUGGACAUCCCACUACACCCCCUAUGGACAUUUCCCCCCCACACCCCCUCAACGGUUAUUUACCUUACAUGCUUCUCCCUGUAUGGACAUUUUCCCCCCAUCCACCCAACUGACUUUUACUCUUCCCCCACAUUCAUCACUGUUGCAGUUGUUAAUAUGUAUAUUAUUGAUUUUAAAAAGUUGUUUUAUUUAUUUUCUUUAACUUGGUCCCCACACACCCUAUGGUCAUUGCCCCACACCACAAAAUGGAUUAUAACAUUGUGUCAUUCUGAUCUUUAUCCGCAAUAUCGUCUGUAAAGAUUCUAAAGACCUGCAUCACGAUACUAAGAGCUUUGCCGUUUGUAAAAAGACGUGUUUUGGUGUUCUUUGGACGUCCUGAAACUCAGAAAGCCAAUCGCUGCUAGUGUAAGUUUCCCAAAACCAAGUGAAAAUGCAAAAAAAAAGUGUCUGGACCCUUCUAUAACAUGCCAUUUACAGUACAUCACAAAUUUACAGAUUAGGUUCCUAAAUAAUGAAAUUCUCCUUCAAGAUGCUUUUGGGAAACCGGGCCCAGGGACAUGGAUACGGACGUAUGACAUAGGAACGCAUCACUUUCAUGGGGUAUUGGUUGGAGGCCUGUUGUAAAGGGCCAAUUCAGAUGCUCCAGUGCAAGGGGUUUGCCUCAUGGUAGACUGCUGCACAAAUUAUAGUUCCACCACAGAUAUGAUGUCGAACUGUAAUUUCUGUAAAAAUUAUAAGCCUAAUUUAUAUAAAAAAUAUGUUAACAAAAUAUAUAUUGGGAUUUGUUGUGGAGGCGUUAGAGGUGUUUUGAGGUACGUGUGAGUGAUACGAGUGACAGUAUAUUAUAUAGGUUGAAGUAGGCUUAUAUAUUUAGCAAAUACUGUGCUGGAGGUCUUGGAGUAUAAUGAACAUUGUUAUACUACCAGGAGUACACUGAACAUUUUUACCUUUUUUACCUACCUUUAUUUAUAAAAAAAAAUUGGGGCCUUACCAAAUCUUACAAAACUAUGGACUGCAAUGUUUACAUUCAGUGUUUCAUCUUAUGGCAGAUUUAAAGAAUACAAAAAAGGUACCAACUGUCACUAUUCUUUAUAUGAAAUUCUGUAUAUUUGGUCAUAUGAUCAUACAAUUGUAAAUAAUUGACAACUGUUGAUCUUACUGUACUUAUCAUUAUUAAUGUUCUUUGUUGAAAAAAUAAGAAGGCAUAGCAAUAGCAAUACAUGAUCUGAGAUAAAUAUACACGAAUGCAUGCAUGAAUGCAUAGGCACACACGCAAAGACAUUCACACAGCAAUCAACAAUGCAUCCUUCUGUUGAAUUUACCUGGUUGCAGCACAGCUCUAUUUUCUUACUCCGAGAAUGGAGUAUUUUACUGUCAGCUUUCAUUUCUUUGUUCUUUGUUGCCAUGUUUUUAUCAAAUAUGUAAAAAAAAAAGAAAAGAAAAAGGUUUAUUGUGUGAGAUGUUGGAAAUAUUCAGUUCGUGAUCUUUGUAGCAUAGGCCACAAUCAGAAAGUAUUAAUUUAGUCCCCUAAGAAAUGUUUUAUAUAAUGUGUACUUGUUUGAUUACUGUUCACACUUCGUUUUCAAAAGUUCUUAAAUGUGAACUAUCACUUAUAGUGUCCGACUGUUUCGUGGGAAGAACAUUUGUUUUGAUUAACUUAUUUAUUUAGUUUAUUAUCAAUGUUGGUUAUACAGAGGCCAAGGAUGGACAACUUGUGUUUAAUUUAAUGUAUUUAGCCCCUUUUUCAUGGUAUCCAGUUGGUAGUUACAGUCUUGUCUCAUCGCUCCAACUCCCGUACAGACUCAGGAGAGGCGAAGGUCGCGAGCCGUGCGUCCUCCGAAACACAACCCAUCCAAGCCGCACUGCUUCUUGACACAAUGCCCACUUAACACAGAAGCCAGCAGCACCAACGUGUCGAAGGAAACACCGUACACCUGGCAACCGUGUGAGCGUGCACUCCGACCGGCCCGCCACAAGAGUCGCUAGUGCGCGAUGGGACAAGGACAUCCCUGCCGGCCAAACCCUCCCCUAACCCGGACGACGCUGGGCCAAUUGUGCACCACCCCAUGGGUCUCCCGUUUGCGGCCGGCUGCGACAGAGCCUGACUCGAACCCAGAAUCUGUAGUGGCACAGCUAGAACUGCAAUGCAGUGCCUUAGACCACUGCGCCACUCGGUUAGGCCCCCAGAUGACGGCUUUUAACAAGAAAUAUUUUUUCAUACACUUUUUCCCGGUUGGCCGAUCUACUAUAUUAUUAUAUAAUUAUUUUAAGAGAUCUCUCUGUUGCCAGGUGAAGUUGGGCAGGUCAAAACGGUUAAUGUGCUCUUUUGAAUGAGAUCGUGUAACUCAGUGCUUUAGUGACGCUACAUUAGUUAUUUUUGGGGGGUAAAAAAAAGAGAGUAUUUUCUAAUUACAGAAACUAUUUUAGUCUUGUGUGAGGUCUGUUGAAAUGCUUUGGUAGAAAAUCAUGCAGAUAUAACAACAACAAAAAGAAAUGGGCAGACUAACUUAAAGGGGGAAUUUGCAGAUCUAACAACACCAACGCGAACACCCCGGCACUGUUUUGGUCAACAGCUGAAUGGGGCUGGAGAAAUGUAACCACUUUCAAAUUCAUAGACAUAGCUAUGGAUGCAAGGACUGACCAUCCGUGAGAUCAAAAUAAUAGUUUUAACCUAGCCCUAUAAAUAGUACACCAAAUUCAUCAUAUUUUAUACUUUUACAUUAGGAUAUUGUCUUUCAAAUAUUUACAACCUCAUGUUAUUGCUCACAUACUGACGUGAUGUGUAGUAUCCAGUACAUCCACAUCUGACUAUUAAGUUAAAUGAAUUAAGUGUGUACCUUUUGAUAGUGGUGCAGAUCACAAACAGAAUGAAACAGAAAAAUAAAGACUUACCUUAUUGAACCAAGUAACCAA